AUGGACCGCAGUGCGCCCGAGUACUCGCAGACAGAUCACGCGUCUGCUGCGCAAUACGUGACCCAGCAAGAGGUACGGCCGAGCAAUUACUCGACUACCGCGACGCCCACGUCUGAGUACAGCGUGUAUCCACCAUCGGCGCGGUCAGGCUCGUUCCCAGAGCAUAUCCAGCGUCCUUACCACCAGUCUCCCAACCACAGCGGUAGCGGAGGAGAUCCGUCCAUCGCGGCGCCCAGUCCCACCUAUGCGACACAUAGCCAAUACUCUCCCUAUGCACCACCGUCCCAGGACAUGCAGCAUGCUUACCCCCAUAGCGGUGGCCUUUACGCCCAGCCUCGUCCGGACUGGACGGGAUACGGCGGUCAGCCGACUCCGAUCACACCAGGACACCACGUCUUCCCGCAAACCCCCAAUUCCGCACCUCCCCAACAGCGGCCUACCCAGGUUUACUCGUUCGUCCCGAUUCCCGGGGCGCAGCAGCACAAACGACCUCGAAGACGCUACGAAGAAAUUGAGCGCAUGUACAAGUGUGGAUGGAAUGGCUGCGAAAAAGCAUAUGGUACACUGAACCACCUGAACGCACAUGUUACUAUGCAAUCUCAUGGACAAAAACGCACCCCAGAAGAGUUCAAAGAAAUUCGCAAAGAAUGGAAGGCGCGCAAAAAGGAGGAGGAAGCCCAGCGCAAAGCUGAAGAGGACAGACAACGCCAGGCUGUUGCUGCUGCCGCCGCGUCAGGUGCGCCCAAUGGCGCUGUGGACCCUAACAGCUCGCAGCCUGGCGCCGACGCCUCCCAGUCUGCAUCUUCGUAUGCAGGCAGCCGGCAGCUUCCCCCUCUGGGGUACCAGCCAAAUCAGUACCCGGCCCCGCCCUCGUCAGGUGUAACCGCGUCGACCAUUCCGACCGAGUAUAACAGCGGCUACAUGCACCAGACCUACCCGCCUGCAUCUCCGUACGGCCCGCCGCCAAAUCAGCAGAUGUACAGUCAACGCUAA